AUCAGGCAAGGGAGGGGAGGCCUGAAGGGGUGCUGCGGCGAGAGGGCCUGCACUGCGAAAUUCCGGAAGCAGGAGCAGGAGCAAGGCAGAGCAGCAGCUGCAAGACCACGGCAGGCCGCCUGAAGAAGCCGCCAGGGAGGCAGGAGUCACGGAACGCGGUGUUGCGGUACGACAGCAGGCGGCUUGUACGGGUGCUGCUGUACGGCAUGAUGGUUGUCGUACUGGUGCUGUAUGCCGUACACACCUGGCGCCGUAACUACGACUGGUGGAGCGAGGAGACGCUGUUCGAGUCGGCGGGCAAGGUCUGCCCCGACAGUGCCAAGGUGCAGCUCAACCUGGGUAUCCUGCAGCGCCGGCGCGGGCAGCAGCGGGCAGCCCUGGGCCACUUCCGGCGGGCGAGGGAGAUAGAGGCGGGCUACUGCGAGCCGGGGUACUGGAUCGGGGUGUCACUGGUGAGCCCCAAGCGGGUCUGCGGGAGCUGGAGGCCGCCCUGAGCUGCAAGUACGUGGCGGCGGAGGCGCUGCGGGCGCUGCAUGCCGUC